GUAGUAACACGUCAUUCCACAGCAGAGAAGUAACCGGUGGGGUUGAGCCCGGUUGCGCUGAGUUGCCAGCCUAAAUUUCUUUGCCCAUCUGCUUGUUUUAGUGCAGAUGUGAUUGAUAAAUUCCUGAAGCUACAUUUCAUUUAUUUAUUGCCGUUCGGAUUUACGGAUUCAUUCCAGCUUUCUUGCUCCCACGACGAUGGACCAGCAACAACAACAACAACAGCCGCAGCCAGCAGCAGUCGCCCGCGAUGACCUACCAGGAGUUCAUCCAGCAGAACGAGGACCGGGAUGGCGUGCGCUUCAGCUGGAACCUCUGGCCCUCCAGUCGCCUGGAGGCCACCCGGCUGGUGGUGCCCGUCUCCUGCCUCUUCACGCCGCUCAAGGAGCGGCCCGACCUGCCGCCCAUCCAGUACGAGCCUGUGCUGUGCAGCCGCGCCAACUGCAAGGCCGUGCUCAACCCACUCUGCCAAGUGGACUUCCGAGCCAAAAUAUGGGCCUGCAACUUCUGCUUCCAAAGGAAUCCAUUCCCUCCAUCCUACGCUGGCAUCUCGGAGGUGAACCAGCCCGCUGAACUGAUGUCGCAGUUCUCCACCAUCGAGUACAUAGUGCAGCGCGGCCCCCCGUCCCCUCUGAUCUUCCUGUACGUGGUGGACACGUGUCUGGAGGAGGAGGACCUGCAGGCGCUGCGCGAGUCGCUGCAGAUGUCGCUCAGCCUGCUGCCGCCCAACGCGCUGGUGGGCCUCAUCACCUUCGGCCGCAUGGUGCAGGUGCACGAGCUGAGCUGCGAGGGCAUCGCCAAGAGCUACGUCUUCCGCGGCACCAAGGAGCUCACCCCCAAACAGAUCCAGGAGAUGCUGGGCUUGAUGAAGCCGGCCGCCUCUGGACCGCAGGGCCGACCUCUUGCUCCGAUGGACGCCUCUGCCACCUGCAGGUUCCUGCAGCCGGUGCACAAGGUGGACAUGAACCUGACGGACCUGCUGGGGGAGCUCCAGAGGGACCCGUGGCCCGUGCCCCAGGGCAAACGCCCGCUGCGCUCCACCGGCGUGGCCCUCUCCAUCGCCGUCGGCCUGCUGGAGGGCACGUUCCCCAACACGGGCGCUCGGGUGAUGCUGUUCACCGGCGGCCCCCCCACCCAGGGCCCCGGCAUGGUGGUGGGCGACGAGCUGAAGACGCCCAUCCGCUCCUGGCACGACAUCCAGAAGGACAACGCCCGUCACCUGAAGAAGGCCACGAAGUACUACGAGACUCUGUCUAACCGCACUGCAGACAAUGGCCACAGCAUUGACAUCUACGCCUGUGCCCUGGACCAGACGGGCCUGCUGGAGAUGAAGUGCUGCUCCAACCUGACGGGUGAGGAGGCGGGCCACAUUGUGAUGGGCGACUCGUUCAACACGUCCCUCUUCAAGCAGACCUUCCAGCGGGUCUUCGCCAAGGACUACAACUCUGAGUUCCGCAUGGCCUUUGGAAGCACCAUAGAGGUCAAGACUUCUCGCGAGCUGAAAGUGUCCGGAGCCAUCGGCUCCUGCGUCUCUCUCAACGCCAAGGGGCCCAGCGUCUCAGAAAACGAGAUGGGCGUCGGUGGCACCACCCAGUGGAAAGUGUGCAGCCUCACGCCCGCUACCACCCUGGGCAUGUUCUUUGAGGUUGUGAGCCAGCAUAACGCCCCCAUACCUCAGGGAGGCCGGGGCGUCCAGUUCAUCACCCAGUACCAGCAUUCCAACAUGCAGAAGAGGAUCAGGGUCACCACCGUGGCCAGGAACUGGGCGGACGCUCAGUCCCAGAUCCAGCACAUCGAGUCCUCCUUCGACCAGGAAGCGUCGGCCGUGCUCAUGGCCCGCCUGGGCGUGUUCAGGGCGGAGACGGAGGAGGGGCCGGACGUGCUGCGCUGGCUGGACAGGCAGCUGAUUCGCCUGUGUCAGAAGUUUGGACAGUUCAACAAGGACGACCCCAAUUCCUUCCGCCUCUCGCAGUCCCUCUCCCUUUACCCACAGUUCAUGUUCCACUUGAGGCGGUCGCCGUUCCUGCAGGUGUUCAACAACAGUCCGGACGAGUCGUCCUACUACAGGCACCACUUCAUGAGGCAGGACCUGACCCAGUCGCUCAUCAUGAUCCAGCCCAUCCUCUACUCCUACUCGUUCCAUGGACCUCCAGAGCCUGUGCUCCUGGACAGCAGCAGCAUCCUGCCUGACCGCAUCCUGCUCAUGGACACCUUCUUCCAGCUGGUCAUCUUCCACGGCGAGACCAUCGCCCAGUGGAGGAAGGCGGGUUACCAGGACCUGCCGGAGUACGAGAACUUCAAGCAGCUGCUGCAGGCGCCACUGGACGACGCGCAGGAGCUCCUGCAGGGCCGCUUCCCCAUGCCACGCUACGUGGACACGGAGCACGGCGGCUCGCAGGCCCGCUUCCUGCUCUCCAAGGUCAACCCGUCGCAGACGCACAACAACCUGUACGCCUGGGGCCAGGAGUCUGGAGCCCCCAUACUCACAGAUGACGUCAGUCUGCAAGUGUUCAUGGACCACCUCAAGAAGCUGGCUGUGUCCAGCUCUGCCUGAACCCAACCCUAGCCUUGGACCAAAUUAAUGAAUUAAGUGAAUGAGGAGUGUGUGUCUCUCUGUGUGUGU